AGUUUGUUUGGCGCCGCGGUUUCUAGUUUGCGUGCGUCGCUUAAUUAAAAUUUGUACAUUCAGUGCCUGAAUAUAUAAAUAUAUAUAUAUUUAAAUAUUAGCUUUUAAAAUUACGGUUCUGUGCUAUUUCGUUAUCUCAUUCUGUAAUGCCAUCAAGUUGUGUUUUCGAAUUCGAUCGACCCAAUCCGAUUUACUAUAGCGGCGAGACAAUCAACGGACGCGUUGUUUUAAAUACAACAAGCAACAAGUCUGUCAAUGCGGUCUACAUACUAUUCGAGGGGGAGGCGAAGGUGGGUUGGGAAGAGACUCACACGAGGACUGUUAAUGAAAAAAUUGAGUCAUAUACGGAGUAUUUUCGAGGCACUGAGGCAUAUCUGAAUACUCGAACCAAUGUAUUUGGUGAAGGAGAGCUUCUGCAAGGCAGGCACACCUUCACAUUCUGCAUUCCCCUCCCGCUGGACUGUCCAACAUCGUGUGUGGAAUGGUAUGGCAGGAUUUCGUAUGAGGUGUCACUCGUAAUCGAUCUAUCCUGGCGAUUCAAUAAUGUAUUCAAGCAACCACUAACCGUACUGCAAACAUAUAAUCUCAACAUGUACCCAGAGAUGCUGGUACCAUUGGUCAAUGAAGACAUCAAGUACUUUUGCUGCUGGCCCUGUUCGUCGGGUCCUGUUGUCUCAACGCUAACAAUACCCUUUGGUGGAUAUGCUCCUGGACAAAGGAUCAACUAUUCCUUACAAAUAGAUAACCAGAUCUACGAGUUCAAAGCCAGUUCACCUCAUUACAAAACACGGACCCACAAGAAUACUCUCUCCUCAGAGUUCCAGGCCGAACGAGUGCUCCGUUUAUCGAAACGCCUGAUAAAUGGCAGCCUGGUUAUACCACCCGUGCCACCCUCAUCGAGACUUAAUCGCAUUAUAAACGUGUAUUAUAUGAUUUCCAUGGCCAUCAAGACGGGUUAUUGUCACACAGAUUCGGAAAUUGAGAUGCCCAUCAUUAUUGGCACAAUCCCUCUAGCUCAAAGUGCCCAAAAUCCCCUUAGUGCUGCUCAAUGGAUUCCGCAGACACCUGACACUCCAGCUGGGGCAGCUGCAGAUCUGCCACCAAGCUACGACAACUGCAAACUUCCCUCAUUCGAGCAAGCCACUCAUAUUGGAGGGAAAUUCGUGGAUACAGAUGUCAAUGAACAUGAUCGUACCGACGAUUUCAUACCCCGAUAUCCCAUGUACACUAACUUUGCUACACCCACGGCACCACUACCAGAAGGACCAGAUGUGCCCAUCCUGCAAUUACCGCAUAAUCCCAAUGCACCUCCAGCGAACUUUUAAA